UUCCAUUUGUUAUGUGACUUUUUCCCCCCUCCUCAAUAGCCUCGCUUGUUUUUAAAAGCUGAAUAUCCCAACUGCGGUCCUUAAAAACUCUGCGUACGACCAAUGAUGACAUCCAAAGAAGUGGCCAAAUGUGAUGCAGUGGAAAACAGGAGGCGAAGUCCGCUGGACCACUUGCCGCCUCCUGCCAACUCCAACAAGCCGCUGACUCCCUUCAGCAUCGAGGACAUCCUCAACAAGCCGUCCGUGAAGCGAAGCUACACGAUCUGCGGCACGGCGCAUCUCAUCUCGUCCUCGGAGAAGCACCGCGCGUCCAGCAUCCCGCUGUCCAGCCGCGCGCUGCUCACCCAGACCUCCCCGCUCUGCGCGCUGGAGGAGCUGGCCAGCAAGACCUUCAAGGGGCUGGAAGUCAGCGUGCUACAGGCUGCGGAAGGCCGGGACGGGAUGACUCUGUUCGGCCAGAGAACCACCCCGAAGAAGCGUCGGAAGUCUCGGACUGCGUUCACCAACCACCAGAUCUACGAGCUGGAGAAGCGCUUUCUUUACCAGAAGUACCUGUCCCCCGCAGACCGGGACCAGAUCGCGCAGCAGCUGGGCCUGACGAACGCGCAGGUCAUCACGUGGUUUCAGAACCGGAGGGCCAAGCUAAAACGGGACCUGGAGGAGAUGAAGGCCGACGUGGAGUCGGCCAAGGCCAUCGGACAGGUCCCCCUGGACAAGCUCGCCAAGCUGGCGGACCUGGAGAAAUGCGCCAAUGGCACGCUGGGCCACCCGCGCGCCGAGUCCCCCGCGCGGGGAGGCCCGCAGGAGCACGAGCUCGCGCAGAAACUGCGGACGUCGCCGCUGUCUCCGUUCUCAGACCACACAACGAGCAAGGAGUGCUCGGAGGACGAGGACGUGGAGAUUGAUGUGGAUGACUGAUGGCGCAGCGAGGGGCUGGAAGGUCAACAGACACGAAAAGACGAUGAACAAAAAACAAAAAACAAACAAACAAAAAAAAAAACUAAACCCAGCGAGGACUUGUAACUUACUGCUUAUAUUGUAUACCAUAUCUCAGAACAUGUACCAAAAUGUAAUGACUUUUAUAUCGUCGCAGAUAGACCUAUUCAUAGUGAAGCAUGAACACAGAACAAGAAAUAUGCAGUGGUAUUUUAUUACUAUGUAUUCAUUAGCAAACUGUUACUUCUUUCGAUCAAAGCAAUAUGGUCUAAAAGGACAUUUCCUUUCAUUUCG